AUGAAUUGGAGAAGGUGGGUGUCGUGGAGCGUAAGGGGGCUUGGGGGAGUUGAAAAAAGGAGAUCGGUGAAGGAUGUUAUCCGUAGAUGUAAUCCAGAGGUAAUUAUCUUACAGGAAACAAAACUUGACAAUAGUAGAUUGAAGGAAAUUCAAAGCUUCUCGAAAAGCUUGAACUGCAAGUUUGAUUUCAUCCCAGCUACUGGUUCAACUGGAGGAUUAUUGACCCUCUGGAAAGGAAACAUUCUAACAGUGGAACAUGUCAUAAAAGAGGAGAGAUUUUUGGGGCUCAUCAUGAGACUAGGUAAUGAAAUCUUGCUGCUUGGAAACGCAUACGGUCCCAACCUCGAUGCAGAAAAGGAAAAUUUCUUCUCCACAUUAUCUAAUAAGCUGAGGAACUUCAACUGUUGUUUGUUGGUUGGGGGUGAUUUCAACAGUAUCCUCAGCAUUGGUGAACGAAGCAGUCUUAGUGGAGAUGUUGAUGCAGUUUUUAACAACUUUGUGGCAAUGAAUAACCUUAUUGAUUUACCUCUGCAAGACUCUAACUUUACAUGUUAUAGCUCUCGGAAUGGAGGAGUGUAG